AUGGGUGAUUACUACCGCCAAUUUCUUUCUACAAUGUCGGGGGCGGAAGGCUAUCUGCCUACCAGCCCCGACGAGAUAAACCAGGUCCUCGGACCCGGAGUUCCGCUGCCAAUGUCAACCCCUCCAAUGCACUCUCCAUAUCCCUCCAAUAUGGGAAACAUGGGCUAUUUCGCCGGGUAUCCGGAGCCCACUAUAAUCAGCGCUCCGAAGGCCAGCAAGAGCCGGCGGCGUUCGGCUGCAAGCCAGGGCGGGAAUAUGGAUCAAGUGAAGCAUCGUAGGACGCGCUCUGGCUGUUAUACAUGCCGGAGCCGCCGAGUCAAGUGUGACGAGACGCGGCCAAUCUGUGACCACGGUUCAUCCGCUCAGUACAUAAGUCCCACAUCUUCUAACGAGGGAGAAGAAGAUGAUACAGAGCAGGAAGCAAGACUCGGAACCAUUCCCGAUGAUGACGAACCCGAUGGAACCCCCCGGCGAGAAUCGAUGUCUGUCAUCUCACAACCCCGGAGAGCAAGUGCGGCCUCGCCCAACAUGGCCCUCAUGAGCGCCCGCCAAACCUCCGAAACGCCAUCGCAGGAAGGCAACAAGAGCGUUUCACCCUCGACUUCCAAUGUAACGACGGGAAGCUGGACGCCGGCUGGUUACCAGGGGACGGAAACGACUUUGCCAGUGAGCGGAAGCCUGGACCGGAUGCAUCUACCCCAAGAUUUUCGGAGUUAUCUCCGGUACUACAGGGAGAAUAUGACAAAUUACCACUAUGGCCUGGCGGUCGACGAAGACGACUUUUUUAACUCCGAGCUACCGAGUGUUGCGAUACAAAGUGAGCCGCUGCUCAAUGCAUUGGUUGGGUUUGCUGCGUAUCAUGUUACGUUACAAAAUCCAAAUGGACAACUGCAAGACUUCCUACAGUACUAUAACAAGAGCGUGACUCAGUUGCUGAGUGUCCUGAAAAGAAAAGAGACGCACAGUGUCCAUGUACUGCUGACAAUUUUGCAGCUCGCUACAAUUGAGGAGUAUCUAGGGGAUUGGGUCAAUCUCAUGGGUCACCAGAAGGCUGCAUUUGAAAUUUUAACCCAUAUCUACACUCCGGAGACGGUGAUGCAAACCUCGAUAGGCCGAAUGUGCCUUAGCUGGUAUGCUCGAUUUGAUAAUAUUAUUGCGCUGAUGGGUAGAUUUCCUACCGAGAUACCCCGAGAGUGGUUCACGACCAUGAUCACGUAUUAUCAAGCUCAGAUGGCGUCAAAUCCUACGGAAUUGCGGUGGAAGAUUGAAGAUCGAUCCGCUCGCCUACGCCUCAUCUCUUACGACAUGUCGACCUUGUAUGCGCGUGGAAGCCGAAAGCAAAUCGCACCGACGGAUUACGCCAAUGAGCACAACUUUCUGACUGCACAGCUUGAAGAGUGGAAGGCAAGCUGGGACCCAAUGUUAUGCGAUCAAAAAUAUCUCAUUACCGAUUUCCAUUGGCAACGCCCCUUGAACCCCGACGAUAUUGUCAACCCAUAUCGCCCAGGCUUACUCUACGAUCAUCCCCUAUUCAACAAUACCCUUAUCAUGAUGGAAUGGCAUAGCAUUGUUAUUAUGCAUAAAACUCAGUCACCCAACAUCUCUCCAGAACAACUGUUCACUGAAUUAGGAGGGCAUGCGUUUACGGUUUGCGAACUCUUCGAGUGCUUGGAGUAUUGGCCAGAUUUACCAUCGGGGACAUUAAUCGCGAUGCAGCCGUGUCUUGCGAUUGCGGGCCUCUUCUUGCCACACCAGCCGAGCAAUAACAUGUGGCUGCGACGGAAAUUUGCACUUCUGGAAAUUCAGGGGCAUAUUAACCCUGCGACUCGCCGUGAAAAGAUGGCAGAGAUCUUUGGAGACCCAUCAUGUGCCCAGUGGUGGCUGCCUGACGACGAAGGGUUUACGCCGAUUCUCAAAAGCGUAAGAAGCUUUGCGGACGAGCGAAACGCCAGAGCGAUGAAUACACAACAAGUCAAUCUCCGUGAGGUGAAGCACCUCUUUGAUAAAUUGAUCCUUUAA